GACAAAAACAAAUCUAUGAAACGCCGAUCUGAAGGCGGACCAGGAGGAUCCGCGGAGGGGGAGAAUCCAAUUCCGGCCCAACCCACAAAGCUUCAAGAUGAGGUUCCGACUCCUAGUAUUGAUAAAAAUAAAGAAAAAGAUUAUGUUGAAGACUCUCCGACGACUCAUCUCACAAAAGUAGAGGUUACUCAAGACUCUCAGACCCAACUCCAACUUAAGGAGAAGAAUACUCUUCCAGCUUGGCUCAAGGAGGACAUACUUCCCAAAGACCCACCCAUACGCAUAGUUGCGAAGCCUCCCCAAAUGCCGCCGUCUAGUUGUGUAAUUUGCACUAAGCCUGGCCACUGGCCGAAUCAAUGCCCUUGGAGGAAACAUAUCCCCUAUGGCGUAACCCAGGUUGGCAAGGGCUAUGGAUUUGAUGGGCGGCGUGCUUUUCGCCUUAAUUGUGCUUAUUGUGAUGAGACUGGUACCCACAGGCUUGGUGACUGCCCGGAUUGGAACAAACUGCUCAAGGAAACUGGAGGAGAUGUGCCCUUGCCCUCCUGGUUGCUCGUUGAUGUACCACCUGCUGAUUCCUGAAGCUGAGGAGGAUUGGGUGCAUGUAUGCAGCAGCUGUUGAAUUAUCGUUUCUUUUAGUGCUCUAUAUUAUAUAUAUGUUGUUGUGGACCCACAUAUG